ACGUCACCUGGAAUGGCUACUGGCAUGAUAAAAGAAGAUCUGAACGACUUAUGUUUGAAUGACAAAAGCGGAUUGUCGGUUUCUCGGGUAUCCCAUAUACAGUUUACCAAUGUUUAUUGCUAUUUGUGCAAUUAUCCGUUGGGGACGAAAUGUUUUUACAUCACUCCUGAUAGACUCGUACCCAGUAUAAUGGUUAUCCUUGACCUGUCUCGUCUGCGCACAAGCUUGCCAUCAAAGAAGCAACUACAAAAGCCUUGCAGUGACGACCAGUUCUACGACGAAUUCUUUAAAAAAUGCAGGCAGGUGAAAUGCCGAAUUUUUGAGAUAGCAGCCGCCGGGAAAUGUGUUUCAAUUAUGUUAAGAAAUAAGCUGAAUUAUGUAUUCAACUUCGAAAUUGUUCCGUCGCAGCCAUUGAACACAUCAUCUUUAGGACACAUAUGGAAGGCUUUAUCUGUAUCUUUACGUGAUAAAUUUGGCUUUAGACGCUGUUCGAUUUGUAGUGUAGUCGUAAAAUUCACCAUGACAGAAACAGGCAAUAAUAGUCAUGAACACGUAAAAUUCUACCCAUCCUUCGUCUUUACAACGUCACCUUCCUGUGAAUGGAACUAUUUACUGUACCGUGCUGAACAGCUACGCCAAACUGUGUCACUUUGGAAUGUAACCUACAUGAUUAGGUAUGUCAACCCCUCCAAAGACUACGAAAUGAAAAUUAAUAUACUUCCGGUGAUUUAUCAACGCAACAAAUGUGCUUCGUACUACCCCGACAGAUUUAAUUGCCCAUGGACAACGCUGACGUCCACUGAAAUGAUUGAGUUAAGAAACCAGACGGGGAAUUCAACUACACUAGUGACGCGUCAGAAUGAAGAUGGCGAUUUCGAACUGUGCAUUUCAGCAUACAAAAACUUAAUAAGUGGCAGUAAGUCAUGCAGUUUACACAUUAAACAUUUUACUGGAGCCCGUGUCAUGUUUUUGGCUUUGUUUGCCAUGUCAAUGUUGAAAGAUGUGUUCAUGUAAAUCACGUGUAAACGUGCGUUCUUUAGGAAAAGUUAGGUCAAAUUCUUUAUCGAAAGAGAGUUAUGAUUCAAAUUGGACAUGGAUAUUCCAACUUAUUGAUAUGACUGUAAAAAAAUACAUUUUUUUACUUUAAAGAAUUUCCAAUACUUAACUGUUAACUAUAAUAUUGUAUCCAACAAUACCUUAUAAAAUAGCCAACAUUUUAUUGAUUUUUUAACAUUGAGUGGACAAGAUACAUUAAUGUUAAUUUUCAAUACCAAAUUUUUAAUUUCCUUUGAUGAAUUAUCAAAACCAAAAACAUUUAAUUAACCAAGUUUUUCUGAAGAAUGGAAGUUGUUGUAGGUUUUCAUUAUAUGUAUAUAUAUAUAAACAUAAAACAAAUCAUCUUCUCUGAAUUGACAAAGGCUAGAGGUUAGAUAUUUUGCAUGAAACAUUGUGUAGUGGAUCUCUACCAAGAUUGUUAAAAUUAGAGCCCUGGGGGUCAAAAUUGGCCCCGCCCAAGGGGUCUGUGAUUUUUACUAUGUACAUAUAGUAAAAACAGAAACCAAAACAAAUGUUUUCUGAAUAGGAGAAAGCUACAGCUUAGAUAUUUAACAUGAAUCAUUGUCUGCUGGACCUGUAACUAAACCCUUGUGUCAUAAUUUUGCCCUGUCCAAGGGGACAGUGACAUUCUUUGUUGUCCUUUUAUGUACAGCCAUGAAAUUUAGAUCAUGUGCACCGGUUGAGAUGUAAAAUUGAAUUUGAAUAUCAGCUGACCUAGAGUUUGACAUUUGACCAACUUUCUUGUCCUUUGAUGUAAGCUAUGAAAUUUGAACCAUGUGAUUGAUGUACAUUCAUGAAAUUUAGGCCCUGUGAAAUAUGACCUUGACCACCAAAUUCACUAGAAAUUUCAAUUGUAUAGAAACAAAAAAAUAUUCUGUUCCUACAGUACUAUAUAGUGUUGUAUUAUGCCAUGU